GCAAGAAAGACUGUCCCACAUUUACAAAGAAACAAAUGGUCAAUUUGACCCGCAACAUAACAGGAGGGUUAAAUGUAGUUGACACUACAAAGGGUUGCAUUUUGGGUAACUGAGUUUAUUCUGUGUUUAUCUCCCGCAGUAGACGUGUUUAGGUUCGCCACUGCUAUAUACACCCUUUUGCACUGAAGCACGCAAGAUGGACUCCAGCCUGUUACCUUACUUAGAUAUUGUACAACAAAUGAUGCAUAGUGGCUGUAGUGAUGUGGACAUAAAAAAACACUUGCUAUUUGAAUGUGGCUUGCGUAGAGGAACGUCCGUGGCCAAUAUUCGGAAGUUUUGUAAAGACCACGGGUUAAAAAGACAGCGAGUGACGGACCAACAACUUGAAGCUGCAGUCUCCAAUGCAAUAACACAGGGUGGUCCUACCUAUGGCAGGAAAAUGAUGACUGGGAGUCUUGCAGCUGCAGGUGUCUUCGCAUCAGAGGGUCGUGUUGGAGCUGUUUUGCGCAACAUUCACCCACCUUACCAUAAGGCACGAUGCCAGGGAGCAAGGAACCUCAACCCUGUUCCUUACCAUGCAGCCUAUGUGGGUCACAAAAUCCACAUGGACCAAAAUGAGAAGAUUGUCAUGUUUGGCGUGACUCAUGUGCUGGCAAUAGAUGGCUUCUGCAGCAAAAUUGUUGGACAAGCUACUAUGCCUGUAAAGAACAACCUCACCAUCUACAAUGAUGUUUACAGGAGUGCAGUAAUGGAAUAUGGGAUGUGGGACCAGGUCAGAGUGGAUCAUGGAAAGGAGUUCUACCUCACUCUUUUCAUGCAGGAGAAGUUGGCCAGCCACCGCCACAACACUGAAAGGCCACCAUAUCUCCAAACACCAUCGACAAAGAAUCACAGAAUCGAGAGAAUCUGGCCAGAAAUUAACAACCGAGUUAACUACCCAUUGAAAGCUGCAUUGGUCGAACUGGUGGAUCAGGAGGAGCUGGACAUGGAGGACCAGAUGACUCGGUUCUGUGUGUCAUCUUUGACAUGCCAGUUGGCCCAGAUCGGUGUUAACCGAACUGUGCAAGCAUGGAAUGCACACAGGAUUCCUGGGAGGGGGAUCCCAAAUGACUUGGCCAGAGAUGGAUGCCCAAAUAAGCUGUCGACAGACCUUUUGCCAAAUGCAUCUGUGGCUGCAGACUGGUACGACCAGGAAGUGGGCUCACUGACAGAGUGUCAGACUUUGGCACCAACCCGUUUCCAAGUUCACAGGACCAGGAAGCUGCAGUGAGGGGAUUUGCUCUGCAGUGCCCUGAUACAAGUGGACUGCUGGACAAUGCAGUGAAUAAUCUGCCACAACCGUUCAAAGAUGGACUCAAAGGCCUCAUCGACAUCUCAAGGAGAAAUUGUCAACGCUGAUGUUUUUUUGUGUGUCCAAAUUGUUAUUGUCUGUGCUUUUUAUUUGGUUCAACUGAAGGGGAUGUUUUUUUCUUUUCUUCAAAUGUUGGGGGUUUAAAGGGAGAAAUAUGUUCUUUUUGAAUAAACACUUAUGUCUUCAAAGUC